GAAGUACACUUGUCAUAUUCAUUCUGUUAAUGUGCAUACAGCCCAUUCAGCCCAUUCAAGAAGAUGGAGAUGAUGUUCAUGUAUAUAUAGCAUACAUGGGAGGAAAUAAAUUUGAUCAGCCCCAUAUCAAUAGUGAAAUCUAUUAUCAGAUUCUAACAUCUGUUCUUGGAAGCCACAAAGCUGCUGCAAUGGCUUUGAUCUACAGCUACAACAGUAGCUUCUCUGGAUUUGCAGCAAAACUGAAUGCAGCCCAGGCCAAUACAAUAUCAACCAUGCAAGGUGUUGUCUCUAUCUUCAAGAGUAGAGUGUUGAAGCUACAUACAACACACAGUUGGGACUUCAUGGGACUGCCUUUGGAUGGUCUAACAAGGAUGCCUAUACAGGAAACACACCACAGCGAAGAAGGACUAGUUAUUGGUAUCAUAGACUCAGGUAUUUGGCCAGAAUCAGAAAGCUUUAAAGACAACACACUUCCUCCACCUCCUAGUAGUUGGAAGGGUGUGUGUCAGGAAGGAGAGAAAUUCAGUAAGUCCACAUGCAAUAGAAAGCUAGUGGGUGCACGAUGGUAUGUCCAAGGUUAUGAAGCAGCUAAGGGACCUCUAAAUACUACUGAAGUUCCAGAAUACCGAUCAGCUAGAGAUCACAAUGGGCAUGGAACACACACAGCCUCUACAGCAGGUGGAAGUCAAGUAAUAAAUGCAAGCUUUAUGGGUUUAGGAAGAGGAAUUGCUAGAGGAGGUGCCUCUCGAGCAAGGAUUGCAAUGUAUAAGGUUUGUUGGUUAGGUGGUGACUGCAGUGAAGCUGAUAUCCUUGCUGCUUACCAUGAUGCCAUCAGUGAUGGGGUAGAUGUGAUAUCUGUUUCCUUGGGCUCGGGAACACCUUUGCCUGACUAUUUUGCUUCAAGUUUAGAUAUAGGCUCCUUCCAUGCAAUGGAAAAGGGUAUUCCUGUAGUGUUUUCAGCAGGAAAUGAUGGCCCUGACCCUGCUUCUGUUUCAAAUACAGCUCCUUGGAGUAUGUCUGUAGCAGCAAGCACUAUGGACCGUAGCUUUCCUACGUACUUAAAGCUUGGAAAUAAUAUGAGUAUCAAGGGAGAGGGAGUAAACACCCAACAACCAAACAGCUCAUUCAUACCACUGGUAGAUGGAGCCUCAGCCUCAAGGGAAGGAACAUGUGGAUCUCUGAAACGAAAUUUGGUUUCAAGGAAAAUAGUGCUAUGCUUUGGAACACAUGGGAGUGACGACAGCUUCAAUGCAGCUUUUGAUGUGUACCUAGCAGGAGGGGCUGCAUUAAUUUUCUCAGAAGUGCCCACCAAAGUGGUGCCACAGCUCUCUUUUAUACCUGUGGUGUACGUAGAUAUGGAGCAAGGGGCAAAGAUCCUUUCAUAUUACAAGUCAUCUAAGUCUCCUGUUGUUCGAAUGAGUCCAAGUAGAAGUGUUGCGGGACUUGAACCUGCGCCUGUUGUAGUCUACUUCUCCUCAAGGGGACCUAGCACACUAUCUCCAGACAUUUUGAAGCCUGAUAUAACAGCACCAGGUGUGAACAUUCUGGCAGCAUGGCCUCCAGUGAUUCCACCUUCAGAAAUAGGAUUGGACAAACGCUCUGUGGACUACAAUUUCUUAUCAGGAACAUCCAUGUCAUGCCCUCAUGUCUCUGGAAUUGUUGCUCUUCUCAAGUCAAUUCAUCCAGAAUGGAGUCCUGCAGCCAUCAGAUCUGCCAUCAUGACAACUGUCCUAUUAUUUGCAGCAUAUGUCCGAGAUACAUCUUUUGACUUGAUUAAAGCUGGAGGAUCUGGAAAGCCAUCAGACCCAUUUGAUUUUGGUGCAGGGCAUGUAAAUCCCAGACAAGCCAUGAAUCCAGGACUGGUAUAUGAUGCAGAUCCAACAGAUUAUAUAAUGUUUCUCUGCAGUCUUGGCUACACCCAAAAACAGAUCAGAACCAUUGUUUCUUCAUCUAAAUUAAAUACCACCUGCCCUGAAAAAAGUUCUGCCAGUGGUCUAAACUAUCCUUCUAUUACUGUGUCGAAUCUGGAAUCCACUACCACAAUCAAGAGGACCGUAACCAACGUUAGCCCAGAUGAUAAUUGUUUGUAUAUAGCUAUAGUCUCAUGCCCACCUGGUGUGGAAGUGAUUGUGAAGCCUAAUAUUCUAGUUUUCACGCCAAAUGUAAGAAGUGCCUCUUUUGCAGUGACCCUAAAACCUGUGAAGCACUCUGAUGGAGUCUAUAAUUUUGGAACACUCAUCUGGGCUAGUCCUGAUCAUCGUGUGCAAAGCCCCAUUAUUGUUCGCGUCAACAACUUAAAUGACAAGUUUAGGGAAGCUAAGCAAUCUACUCGAUCUGAGCAGCAAACUUCUUAUCUCGAAUCUAAAGACUAUGGUGGUACGAGUGCAGUAUGAUUGAUUUUCUCCAUCCUCUUCAGACCACAAGGCACUUUCAUACUUGUAUUAUCGGACAAUAUCUACUCUAUAAAAUUUCUUAUCUUCACAGUUA